AGCAACGGACUUCAAUAUUCAAGAAUGAGAGGAGGUGGAGGAAUUUGGGUGGUGGAAGGAUUACCGACUAUGCGGGCGGUAGAUCAGUGAGAAAGGGAGCAAUAAAACACGGGGAGGUGCUCAGUUAUAAAAAUCCAGACCUUAUUGCCUUUCUUUCUUCAUUCCACUUCGCAAUACACCUUCACUUUGAACAAAAUGAUGAUCAUGGAGAUCAUGUUUUAUUAGGAUCAUGCUUGCAUCACACCUGACAACCUUCUCCUAUCUCUCUUGUCAAUCUCACACUCCCAGGUUACAAAGCAAACGGUGUUUAGCGAAACUCGAAGAUCAAAAUUUGAAUUUCGGAGAAGAUUUUUUUUCCGUAUUAUCGGAUGCAUGGUGGAGAUAUUUCAAGAAUAUGUCGGGGAGAUGAAUUGUGAGCAGAAACAAAAUUGGAUGAGCCGCAGAAUUUAA